AUGUUGUUUCUGGUCAUAGCAACAUCUGCUGUGUCGAUGUCAAGCCAUGUUGCGGCCGCACCACAUCCACAGCUUUCUGCUUUUGGUGCACUAUCAGAUGAAGUAUUAAAGGUGGAAGGGUUUUUACCGUGCCUGGAAUCUCUAACAAGUCUCGAAGCUUGCACAGUGGACAUUUUUAAAGCAGUGUUUGGACUUCCUCUACGCACUUCGUGCUGCCAAGUUGUCAACAAAAUUGCCAAAACCUGCUUGCCUGAAGGGAUUCCUUUUUCUCAGGUGUUUUUGCCCACCGCUCUUGAAAACUGCGUUAUAGCUCCUGAACCACCAACCAGCAUUUGA